ACCUUCAUAGUUUCCUAGCGCUGAUUUGAAGAGAGAAAAAAAAGGGAAAAGAAAAAAGGUCCUAAAAUUAAUGGAAAGGGGAGUGGCGCACUUUCGUCUUCUUACACCUUAGAUGACCUUCAUGGGGAGGCACUUAAUCCACACCCGUUAAGCAUGUCCAUGACGAAAUUGUGAAGGGGAUCGAAGGAAAAAAAAAUACGUGGCAAUAACAUAAUGGACGAUUCGCCGGGGAAAGAGCGAGUUCGAACUCGUCGAGCUCGCUCCUCGGCAUCUGCUGCUCUGCGCAGGACUGGACCAAAGGACCGUCUCGAAGCUGGCUUCGACUUUUUGCUGUACCAGAAAAAGGCCGGUCUGCAGGAUGCCGCCCAGGAGGCGGCCAAGGAGGUGGAGGCCGACGACGCCGGCGACGGGUACGAGUACGACGUCGAGCCAGAGCCCAUGUUUGCCGGCCCAUCCUUCAACCACUUCAUGGUCACCUACUUUAAGGAACUGGACGAGGGCGCCGAGGAGGAGAGUCGGCUCAUGGGCCAGUCCAGGUCGCCCUGCAAUCCCUGCAACCAAGAGUAUGACGAGCGGAUGCGCAGUCGCAUGUACGACAUGUACAAGUCGUACGUGCACCCCCUGGAGCUGGCCACGGGCUUUGGCCAGCUCUACGACGAGCCCAUGGAGGCCGGGGACUUUGACAUGAUGGCCUUCGUCGCCGUCCUCGCGCCGCACAACAUCAACAAGCAGGACUUCCUGUCGGGCCUCACGGGCUUCCUGGCCUUCGACCCGGACACGACGCCGCCCGAGCCCGACUGCGGACGCGAAGGCGGCGGCUUCGACUUUCUGCUGUACCAAAAGAAGGCCGGCCUGCAGGACGCGGCCCAAGAGGCGGCCAAGGAGGUGGAGAAGGCCGAGGCCAAGGACGAGGGCCCGGCGGUUUCGGCCGGGGGGCCCAGGCACUCGCGCGUCGUCGAGAAACUGCCCGACAGGUUCGACACCAAGUUCGUCUUCCUCAUGAGUCGCGACAGGUGCUCGCCGUAUGCCCGGAGAUUUGCCGGCUCCGACCACCCCGCCUCCGAACUCGACGGCCCCUCUUUCCGACAAAUGGGCGGUUUCGACUUUCUCCUGGAGAAGAAGAAGAAGACAAAGAGGGCGGGUGGCGGCGAGGAUGACGACGGCGGCGGCUGGGAAGAGGACAAUACCGGCGGCGGCGGGGGGGCCAUGCACGACGUCGGCGAAGAGGGCUACUUCAUCGGCGGCCGCGAAGUCCUUCGCAUCUCCCCGCGCGUCGUCAACAUGCAGCCCAUCAUCAUGAAGUACGGCUACCGGUUCAUCACCGAGCACGUGCUGGGCUUCAUGAUGGACACGCCGGUCCUGCAGCGGUUCAACGUCCUCUCGCUGCCCGACAUCCCGGAAGCCGACAUGAGCUGGUCCAAGCGGGAACCCGGCGGGUUCGACUUCUUGCUGUACCAAAAAAAGGCCGGUCUUCAGGACGCGGCCCAGGAGGCGGCCAAGGAAGUGGAGAAGGCCGAGGAGGUGGACACUGGACCCGGGGAAGUGGCCAAGCCGCGGAUCCGCAAAAAGAAGGCCAAGAUGCCCGAGCCCUUCGAGUCCUACACGAUGGUGGCCCGGUACUUUUGCCAAAAGGCCGACCGGAUCCUCGUCGUGAUCGACACCCGACGCGACAUGUGGAAGCACUUUGUCAUGCUCAUGGAGACCAUCAAGUGCUUUGCCGGCAAAAUCGCCUGCGUCUACAUGUACCCCAUUGACCAGGGCACGGGCUACAUCAUGCGCCGCUACAGCGACCAGACGUGGAACGUGUGCAAGGUCCUGUGGCCCAUGACCGAGCCGGUGAGAAUCUAUGGCAACUCGUAUCGCAACAUGGGCGGGUUCCGCACCUGCUUCUUCUACCAAGACGAGGACCUGGGCAAGGACAUGUACUACUUGUGGAAGUUCACGUCGGUGAGGAUCGCCUACGAGAUGCAGCAGCGGGCCAUGUUGGCGGCCAUCCUGGGCAUCAUCUUCAACGACAUGAAGAACUCGCUGCCCAAGAUCCGAGUGCCCUUCAAGCUGCCCAAGAGCAUCAAGCUCAACAUCCCGGGCUUCUCGGACGCCAUCACGAUCCCGAUCCUCAACAGAACUGAGCAGGCCAAAAGAGAGGCCCUCUACUCGCUCGACUACCACUUUUACCAGUUGCAAGACAAGGAACGACUGCCUCCCGACAUGUUCCCCUGCGAGGAGUUCUUCCUCGACCUCCUCGUGUACAAGGACUUUGAGAGGAUGGAUCACGUGGACAAGACCCUGAUUGACAACUGCAGACGCAUCGCAGAGGACGACAUGGUCCGAAUUGUGGGCCGCUUUCUUGAACAGUGUCCCGCUGAUCAACUGGAUUUCGACCCGAGAAGCACCUUGUGUUGCGGCAAACUCUUUGACGUGGUGGUGGACAAGCCAGAGAGGAUCCAGUUUGAACAGGCCUUCGAGGCCAUGCGGCCAGACUUUGACGACAAGAUCGACACCGAGUCCUUCGUGGAGGCCCUCAUGGCCCUGCCGGUGCCACCGGGCUCACUGGGCAGGAUUGCCAUCCUCGCCGACCACGACCACGACUGCCGACUCAGUCGCGACGAGUUCAUUGCCGGCAUGCACAUGGCCCUGCUCAAGAUGAACGGCCUCGAGCUGCCCAUGAAGGCGCCGCACCGCUACUUCGCCGCCUUCAACCGGCACCCGCGCAUCGCCAUCUACUUCCGCCGCAUGACCGAGAUCGGCGAGGAAGUCGUGCCGGGUCUCGAGGAAGAGGAGGAGGAGGAGGAAAUGUGGGACGCCCCCAUGGAGGCGGCAGACGCCGGCAAGCCCGCCGAGGAGAAGAAGGCGGCCGACGCCGGCGGCGGCGGCGGAGGCGGCUUCUUCGACUCCAUCUGGUAUCAAAAGAAGGCCGGGCUGCAGGCCCAGGCUGGCGGCGAAGAGGACAUGUGGGCGUCCUUCUUCACGCCCGCGGCGCCGCCGCCCGGCAAGGGCAAGAAGGGAAAGCCCGGCAAAGUGCCCGAGCCGCCAGCCACCUUCGGCGCCUUCAUGGCCUUCUUCAAGCCGCUCAAGGGCAAGAAGAAGCAGCGGGACGUGCAGGUGCAAGAGAACUACUUGCAGCCGGGCGGCGUCAAGAUGACGGGCUCCUUCCACAUCUUCCACGUGCUCUGAUAGCUGCUGCUUAAUUUUCUACCCGGUUCAAGAGUUUUUGUUUGUUUGCUUGUUUGUUUUCUUUCCUGUGCAUUGUUUACCCUUAAUUAAUCCCUCCUUUAUCCACAUACUGUAGUUAAUUCCUUUCCUCGUCCUCGAUAAACAAACCUUCUUUUUUCACGACGACCCUCCCGCACUUUUUUCUCUUUGCCUUUUUGUGUUCCUAGUUCCACCACGUGC